AUGGCAUCCUCAUUCCCCAAUCCCCGAAGGCUCCUGGUCUCCAACCGGUCAAAUGGCACCACAAAAGACCAGGCAGAGCCCGGGGUUGAGGCCCUCGUGGACACCCUCGAGCCCGUGGCCGUGAUGCCCAAGCUCAACAGGGCGCCGAUCGCGACUCACGCUGCCAUUCCCACCUCGAACGCAGAAGCCGGCCGGCCUCACCUAGACACGGUGCCCGGCUCGGGCAUCGUCCUGCCGGGUGGCGCGAACAUCUAUUACCUCGACCUCACGCCGCACUCUGACAGCCCCAUGCGGCGUAUCACACCCCUCACCGCCCCCCCCGACAACCACCGGACGCCCUCGACAGACCACGUGAUCGUCCUCCGCGGCGAGCUCACGGUCGUGACGCCGCCGGUGGCCUUUGACGUCGUCGACGGCAAGGGCUCGUACACCAAGGUUGGAGGAGACGGUUGCACGGGCUGGCGACGUGGUGGUCCAGAGGGGGUGCUGGCGAACCGUAGCGAGGAUUCGGUCCGACUUAUUGGUAUCGUCCUUGCGGCGGAGCCUGUGAAGAUUGAGGUCGCUGGUGAGGCGAAGGAGCUUGGGGAGUCGUGGCUGCAGUGA